AUGGCUACCCUCACGCACCAUUAUGUCACAUACGCCGGCGACAAGAAGAUUCAUUACUUGGCAGCUGGUCCAGUCGAUGGUCCUCUGAUCUUCUUCAUUCACGGAUGGCCUGCUACCGGCAUCACCUGGAAACCCCAGCUCAAUGCCUUUGCCGCAGUAGGCUUUCGAGCCAUUGCCCCCGAUAUGCCUGGCUAUGGGCAGUCAACCGCCCGGCAUGUCGCUGAUGACUACUGCCAAGAAGCUCUUGUGGAGGGGAUGAUGGCCUUGCUAGCUGACACGGGCCGCAAGGCUGCCGUCUGGGUGGGUCAUGACUGGGGUUCUGGUGUGACUUCCUCGGUCGCAAUCCAGAACCCGGAAGCCGUGAAGGCUCUCGUGAGUAUAUGCGUACCAUAUUCGACUAUCGAGCUAGGCUGGGACGCCUUUCUUCCACUGGUGAACCGUGAAACAUAUCCGGUGGAUCAAUACGAGUUCGGACAGUGGGAUUACAUGAAGCAUUACGAGGAGAGUUUCGAAAAUGCCGUCGAAUGGUUCAAUAGUGAUGUUGUUGGUUUCUGCAAAGCAAUCACGACAAAGCCAGCUUCGCGGCCAGAACGCGAUGCCCCUGUCAUGAUGUCUACGGUUCGCAAGAACGGGUGGUUGAAUGGCCUUCCGAAACCACCAAGCGUGGAAAUGACCGGCCCGUCACUGCUUGCUGAUGAUGUUUACGAAUCAUUCGCCAAAGACAUGCAGAAGACUGGCCUUUGGGGUGGCUCUGCCUAUUACUUGCACCAUAAGCGGAACGCUGAGUAUAAUGGAAGUCGAGAGAGAAAGUUGAAGCAGCCCGCACUGUUCAUCCAUGCUACAUGGGAUCUAGUGUGUGACACAAAGAGCUCGCGCCUCGUCGAACCUAUGAGAGAGUCUUGCUCGAAUUUGACGGAGGUCACUAUUGAUGCUGCGCAUUUUGUGCAGUUUGAAAAGCCCACAGAGGUCAAUGCUGCCUUGUUCAGGUUUUUGGUACAGGAACUGCCGAGUGAGUGGCCUGGAGCUUUGGACAGCGAGUACACCAAGACAAAGUCCGACUCUUAG